AUGGGCCAACAGAACCAUACAGUGCUGACCGAAUUUAUUCUGGCAGGAGUCUCCCGGCGGCCUGAGCUGCAGCUUCCCCUCUUUGGGGUCUUCCUCCUCAUCUACACACUCACAGUGAUGGGCAACCUAGGCAUGAUCAUUCUGACCAAGCUGGACUCCCGUCUGCACACACCUAUGUAUUUUUUUAUCAGACAUCUGGCUUUCAUUGACCUUGGCAAUUCCACUGUCAUUUGUCCCAAGAUGAUGGUGAAUUUUUUUGUGGAUCAAAAUAUCAUUUCCUUCUAUGCAUGUGCUACACAGUUGGCUUUCUUCCUUGUGUUCAUUAUCAGUGAAUUUUUCAUCUUGUCCGCUAUGGCUUACGACCGCUAUGUGGCCAUUUGCAACCCUUUGCUCUACAAUGUUACCAUGUCUCAGAGACUCUGUCAUGUGCUGGUGGGCAUUCCAUACCUCUAUAGCACCUUUCAGGCUCUCUUUUUCACUAUUAAGAUUUUUACAUUGAACUUCUGUGGCUCUAAGAUCAUCAGUCAUUUCUACUGUGAUGAUGUUCCUUUGUUACCUAUGCUCUGCUCAAAUGCACAGGAAAUACAAUUGUUGAUCAUACUAUUUUCAGCAUUUAACAUGAUCUCAUCCCUCCUAGUUGUCCUAGUGUCCUACCUUCUGAUUCUGCUAGCCAUAUGCAGAAUGCAUUCUGCAGAAGGCAGAAAAAAAGGUUUCUCCACAUGUGGUUCUCAUCUGACAGUGGUGGUAGUGUUCUAUGGAUCUCUCUUUUUUAUAUACUUGCAACCUAAAUCCUCUCACUCUUUUGAGACUGAUAAAAUAGCCUCUGUGUUUUACACUUUGGUGAUUCCCAUGCUUAACCCCUUAAUCUACAGCUUAAGGAACAAAGAGGUAAAAAAUGCUUUCCACAGGGUUUUUAAGAAUCAGUGUAAGCAUUUUAUUUAA